CCGACAUUUGGCCCAGUUUUACGGAAUCUUAGAAUUAGAAUUGUCUUACCAAGGCCGAAUAUUUUGCUUUUGCAAUUCCAAUUCGCUACGCUUUUCAUUCCUUUCCAUUCCAUUUGUGUGUGGUGCUACGAAUGAGGAAGGAGAAGAAGCGGUGAUACACAGACAUCGACAUCGAGAGAGGGAAAGAGAGAGAGAGAGAGAGAGGGAGAGAAAAUGAGUAGUUACGAGGCGGUGACGGAGAAGCCGGCGACGGGGACGAAAUGGGUGGUAACGUGCAUGGUGGGAGGGGUGAUCGUGGGGGUGUCACUGUUGGGUGCAUACUCUAGCCAGCUUGGAAUGUUCUGGAAGAGCCGAAGACGCAACAAGAAACCCGUUCGUGUCUACAUGGAUGGUUGCUUUGACAUGAUGCAUUAUGGCCACUGCAAUGCCCUUCGCCAAGCUCGUGCACUGGGUGACCAAUUGAUUGUUGGGGUUGUUAGUGACGCCGAGAUCAUUGCCAACAAGGGUCCUCCCGUUACCCCUCUUCACGAAAGGUUGAUGAUGGUGAAUGCGGUGAAGUGGGUGGAUGAGGUUAUUCCUGAAGCACCCUAUGCGAUAACUGAGGAGUUCAUGAAGAAGCUUUUUGAUGAGUACAAGAUAGAUUUCAUUAUUCAUGGGGACGAUCCUUGCGUUCUUCCGGAUGGAACCGAUGCUUAUGCUCAUGCUAAGAAGGCUGGUCGGUAUAAGCAGAUAAAGCGCACUGAAGGGGUUUCGAGCACUGAUAUUGUUGGAUGCUGCAACCAUCAACUAGCCGUUGGAUUGUCCAUCAUUUUUAUCCCACUCCUUGUCAGUUCGGUCUCUCUUUGUUUAAAACCAAAUUUUUAUUUUGCAGGAAUUCCUAAUUUGCAUGAGCUGUUCUUUUCAUAAAUUACAGUUAAUAAU